AUGAAACAGGCAUUACUCGUGGCGUUGGCUUGCGUAGUGCAUUACGACCUGUUGGGCUUGUUUCUGGACCAUUCGUACGGGCGGCGCAUCGUGUACACAGACAACGAACGACACCAAUACCGACCCAGGUCCGAGUUCGAUCACAUAUGGAUACCAAGACCAGGCACGGACCCGAAUACGUUAUAUUUGGUACCGCGGACGGUAACCGUGCAAGACCACGGUAGUGAAGACGUCGAGGACUACUGGACGGACUCGGACGACGUUGUAAUUAAUAAUCGCGGUACCACCGGUAGUAGGCUUUCCGACGGUGAGGUCCACCGAUGGGAGCCUGCACCGGAUACCGUUGUUGACCGUGUUCCUACCACUACCACGACUGAGCAACCGGAUGACCGUGAAGACGACGGCGAUGAUUAUGUGGCUCCAGGACAAGAGUGGGACGACGACGUUUUUUAA